AUGCAUGUGGAGAAGAGGGUCACAUCGCAAGACAUUGCCAAGACAGAGGGGGGAGACAUCAAGGCAUUAGGGGACACAAAGCCAGAAGCUGUAACUUCACAGACAAGAAGAAAAAGCUAUCAAGACCUGUUGGCCUUCUGCUACCGCCGUCUCAAAGAAAUCUACAAUGCAUAUAAAGGCAACGCAGGAGGUUUGCUGAGCCCCAUGAAGAGGGAUCUGCUCCUGAGGCUGCGGGCGGAGAUCGAGACUGUGGCGGACUCCUGGCUCAGCAUCGCACUCAAGUCCCUGCUACUCAUCCAGUCAAGGGGCAGGUGUAUGAACGUUCUGGUCACCACCACCCAGCUUGUGCCUGCACUGGCUAAGGUGCUACUCUACGGCCUGGGAGAAGUGUUUCCUAUUGAGAAUAUCUACAGUGCUACAAAAAUAGGGAAAGACAGCUGCUUUGAACGCAUUGUCUCCCGAUUUGGGAGGAAAGUGACGAAUGUGCACAAUAUGCCCUUCUGGCACGUCUCUGCGCAUGGAGAUCUGGUGUCCCUACACCAGGCUCUGGAGCUGGACUUCCUCUAG